AUGGGUGCCGAUAUCAACGUUGACGUGCUCGUCAUUGGCGCCGGUCCGACAGGACUUGGAGCUGCCAAGCGUCUGAACCAGCUUAACGGCCCGUCAUGGCUGAUCCUGGACUCAAACGAGAAGGCCGGAGGUCUUGCUUCGACCGACGUCACCCCUGAGGGCUUCCUCUAUGAUGUUGGCGGCCACGUUAUCUUCUCCCACUACAAGUACUUCGAUGACUGCAUCAACGAGGCUCUGCCCCGGGAGGACGACUGGUCCACGCACCAGCGUAUCUCUUACGUCCGCUAUAAGGGUGUCUGGGUGCCCUACCCCUUCCAGAACAACGUGUCCAUCUUGCCCAAAGAGGACCAGGUCAAGGCUAUGGAUGGACUCAUCGACGCUGCCAUGGAAUGCCGUGUUGCCAACACCAAGCCUCAGAACUUUGAUGAAUGGAUUCUGCGCAUGCAGGGCGUGGGGCUGGCCGACAUGUUCAUGAGGCCCUACAACUACAAGGUUUGGGCCGUUCCCACCACCAAGAUGCAAUGCCAGUGGCUUGGUGAGCGCGUCGCUGCUCCGGAUCUGAAGACCGUGACCAAGAACGUCAUCCUGAACAAGGUUGCUGGAAACUGGGGCCCCAAUGCGACCUUCCGCUUCCCCACGCGCGAUGGCACCGGUGGUAUCUGGAUUGCUGUUGCCGAGACUCUUCCCAAGGGGAAGAAGAUGUUCGGCAAGGACAAUGAGGUUGUCAAGGUCGAGGCUGACAAGAAGGUCGUGACCUUGAAGAGUGGCAAGACGAUCGGCUAUGGCAAACUGAUCAACACCAUGGCGGUGGACCACCUGGUCGAGGCCAUGGGAAAUCAGGAGCUUGUCAAGCUGUCCAAGGGUCUUUUCUACUCUUCGACGCACGUUAUCGGUGUUGGCAUCCGCGGCGCGCGUCCCGAGCGCAUCGGCGACAAGUGCUGGCUCUACUUCCCCGAGGACAACUGCCCCUUCUACCGAGCCACUAUUUUCUCCAACUACUCGGAAUUCAACCAGCCUCAGGCCGAUGUCAAGUUGCCGACCAUUGCCCUUGCCAAUGGUAGCAAGCCGAGCUCCAGCGACGCCAAGGAGGGACCUUAUUGGUCUAUCAUGCUGGAGGUUUCUCAGUCCUCCAUGAAGCCCGUUGACGAAGAGAACCUUCUUAAGGACUGUAUCCAGGGCCUCAUCAACACGGAGAUGGUCAAGCCCGAGGACGAGAUCGUGUCCACCUACCACCGCAAGUUUGACCACGGCUACCCUACUCCUAGCUUGGAGAGAGAGGGUGUCCUCAAGGAGCUCCUUCCUAAGCUUCAGGAUAUGGACAUCUACUCCCGUGGCCGCUUCGGCAGCUGGAGAUACGAGGUUGGUAACCAGGAUCACUCGUUUAUGCUCGGCGUCGAGGCCGCAGACCACAUUGUCACCGGCUCGGUCGAGUUGACACUCAACUAUCCGGACUUUGUCAACACGCGGCAGAACAACGAGCGCCGACUGGCACAGACAUUCGCCUUUGGCGCAGCUUCCGAGGCCAAAUCUAAUGGCACUAACGGUACUCAGGAGCUUCCGACGCGGGAGCGAGCUGCCUCAAACGUCUCUGCCACUGGCGGCCAUUCCCGCAAGUCCUCUAAGCAGGUGAAAUGA